AUGGGCCUGUCCAACAUCAACGAGCUCAUUGACGCCUUUAGGGCGAUUCCCAAGCUCACGUGCCGUGACGAUUUCAAUCGCUGGGACGCACACCUCGAUCUGGCACUGCGUAUAACGAGUACCAGAAAAUAUCUGCACGACGAGCCGCCCUCUCUGCCAGCUACCCCUACACCCGAGGCGACGCGCGAUUACGCCGAAUGGGCGGCAUGCGAUGGCCAAGUGGCGGCGCUCAUCCUGACCACAUGCAGCGACACGGCACUGGGUCUCACCAGGCACCUGCUUGACGGCGACCACAAGACUGUGCCAGGCGCAGCGCGGCGGGUGUACGACGAGCUCGUCAAGCGUUACAAGCCGCUGCGCGCGUUUGAGUGUUUCGAGCUUGGCACGCGGUUCAUGUACGGCACCAAGUGCCAGGACUCGGCGGAGGGAGUGAAGCUGUACGUUGCCGAGAUGGCUUCGCUGGCGGCACGACUGAAAAAGCUCGAGUUUGACGAAAACGACUACAUGAUCACUGUAGCGCUCAAUACCAUGCCGAGCCGGUUUCACCAGUACAAGGUUGCGGCGUGCCGUUCAAGAUGGAGAACGGCGAAACAUUGA